UACUCGGGAAACAUGAAUUCUCUCAUCGCAGGUCCCACCAGAUUCCACGAAGAAGACGGCAGGCAACACCUUGCUCCCCCACCAGACUCCAACGCAUCAUCUACAGACGACCUUCAACCUUUCCCGGAGCCAGAGAUAUCUGCUAUUGAAUUGGAACACAGAAAUGGUGCAAAAAUCCACUACACAUACUAUCCUCACUCUCCAUCCAAACCCAACCGCCCGAAUCCAUUUGCCAAAUCCCUCGUCGUCUUUCUCAAUGGCUUGAUUAUGCCCCGCUCGUCAUGGGACAACGCCAUCCAUGAUUUCCUCGAAAAACGAAUAAACGCUCAACUCCCCUACCCAGCCCUCCUAACCUACGAUCGCUAUGGCCAAGGCGACAGCGACCGCGACCCAAAUGACACCGAGCCUCCCCCAUCCCACGGUCACGACUGCAUGAGCGCCGUCCACGAUCUCCGCCAACUCACCCUCCAAAUCUGGAAAACCCACCUCAACAUCUCCAACCCAACCCAAUUCCCAGCCCUCAUCUUCGCCUGCAACAGCAUCGGCUGCGGCAUCGCCCGCCUCUUCGCCCAGACCUACCCCGGAACCGUCCUCGGCCUCCUCUUCCUCGACUCCAUCAUGGCCAACUCCGAUCUCGUCAGCAUCUGGCCCGACCCAGAUGACCCCGCCUUCGAUCCGGCCCAGUUACCCCCCGGAGUCGACAUCCAAGACGUCCGCGACACCCGCGAGAAAUACAGACUCAUGUUCCACCCGUCCGUCCCCAACAAUGAAGGCCUUGACCGCCGGAACCUCGCUACUCUCCUCCCGUCAGCUUCUUCCCCGCGUCUCGAUGGCUACGGCGGCGAAGGCCCUUACCUCACUGUCGUGGGCCACGAUUGGGAAACCUUUGCUGACCAGUCUUUUACGGGGAGUCUGCAUAUCCCAAAGGCCUUGACCAUGACGUAUGCGAAUCCCGCGUGGCAGAAGUACAACGAGGAGCUUAUCGGUAUUACUGAGGAUGGGAAAGCGAUUGGUCCGUUGAUUGGCGUGGGGUGUGGGCACUUUAUACAAAAGGAUGGUCCGGCUUUUGUGGGCGAUGAGCUGGUUAGUUUGGUCGAUAGGGUUGUGAAUCGCGUUGAGCAAGUCAGCGAGAGGGAUGGCGGGUUUUAG